CGCAACGCUUCCCCCCCAGCCGUGCCGUUCCCCCCCACGCAGCGGCUGACGCUGAAGGAGGUGUUUGAGGACGGCAAACCGCGCCUGGACGUCCUCAAGAGCCACCUGGUGAAGGAGGGCCGCCUGGAGGAGGACGCGGCCCUGAAGAUCAUCAACGACGGCGCGGCCAUCCUGCGGCACGAGAAGACCAUGAUAGAGGUGGAGGCUCCCAUCACAGUGUGCGGGGACAUCCACGGGCAGUUCUUUGACCUGAUGAAGCUGUUCGAGGUGGGAGGAUCGCCCAACAACACCCGCUACCUCUUCCUGGGCGACUACGUGGACAGGGGCUACUUCAGUAUAGAGUGCGUGCUGUAUUUAUGGAGCUUGAAGAUAAACCAUCCCAAAACGCUGUUCCUCCUGCGAGGGAACCACGAGUGCAGGCACCUGACAGAGUACUUCACCUUCAAACAGGAGUGUCGCAUCAAGUACUCGGAGCGGGUUUACGACGCCUGCAUGGACACCUUCGACUGUCUUCCUCUUGCUGCCCUCCUCAACCAACAAUUCCUGUGCGUCCACGGGGGGCUGUCUCCAGAAAUCACCUGUCUAGAUGACAUUAGGAAAUUAGACAGGUUCAAGGAGCCCCCCGCCUUCGGGCCCAUGUGCGACCUGCUGUGGUCCGACCCCUCGGAGGAUUACGGCAACGAGAAGUCGGUGGAGCACUUCGCCCACAACACCGUUCGGGGCUGCUCCUAUUUCUACAGUUAUCCUGCAGUUUGUGAUUUUUUGCAGAACAACAGUUUGCUUUCUGUAAUCCGCGCUCACGAAGCCCAGGACGCGGGGUACCGAAUGUACAGGAAGAGCCAGACCACGGGCUUCCCCUCCUUAAUCACCAUCUUCUCCGCGCCGAAUUACCUAGAUGUCUAUAACAACAAGGCUGCUGUCCUCAAGUAUGAGAACAACGUCAUGAACAUCAGGCAGUUCAACUGCUCCCCGCACCCCUACUGGCUGCCCAACUUCAUGGACGUCUUCACGUGGUCGCUGCCUUUCGUGGGGGAGAAGGUCACCGAGAUGCUCGUUAACAUCCUCAACAUCUGCUCUGACGACGAGCUGAUUUCAGAUGGCGAUGAGACGCUGGAAGAUCACUACAUUUCAAGCUAUCAGAAAGGUGGGACGACCGUCCGCAAGGAGAUCAUCAGGAACAAGAUCCGAGCCAUCGGGAAGAUGGCGCGCGUCUUCUCCGUCCUUCGAGAGGAGAGCGAGAGCGUGCUGACGCUGAAGGGCCUGACCCCCACGGGCACGCUGCCCCUGGGCGUGCUCUCCGGGGGGAGGCAGACCCUGCAGACCGGUGAGUCCCACGCCGCGCCCCCAGGGCAGCUCUGGCUCCGCCCC